UAGUAUUCUUGUAGCGCUAUUUUUACACCCUGUUCAUUUGACAUUGCAUAGCAUAUCCCACACCUAGUCAUUCGACGGCCUUGCAUCACCAACCUCACUGCCACCACCACUACCACAAUCCUACGAGCCUUGACCGUCUUUUGACAGAUCCUGUUUAGCACGAAUAAUGGCCGAAUCGCCAGAUAACAACCGCAAGCGGAAGCGCAUCGUGCCGCGUCGGCGACUUUCAAAGGAAACAUCGCCAUCCGCAGGCGCAAUGACCACUAGGUCGCGGUCGCAGUCAAUAGCGCAGCUGGCGGCGAAGACGGCCAAGACGGGAGAAGGACUAUCGGCGGGCGAGCAACAGCGCAAAUUGGUCAGAGGCACCAGUACCGGCAUCGGCAUUGGCACGGCGUACUCCUCUCGCGCUAAGGCCUCGACAGCAGAUGGCGACGACAAGCACACAGAUGGAGUCGAAGAAGGCAGCGAGUCCGAGGAAAAGGCAGACUCGCCUCGGGGCCGCUUUGUGCGGACCAGCACGCUUCUUGGCGAACUUAGGGGGGACCAUGAAGUUGUGGCCAAGCUUAAGCAGAUGUUUUCCGACCCAUGCACGCUGGCCCGCAGCUUUCCGCAGACCGACGCCGCACUGGCCUCCAGAUGCCCGGUUGAUGUUUGCGAUGUGCGCAUGACAUACUCCUUGCUCUUUGGGCGCAGCUCUGACAAGAUAUUAGCCGAACUGCGUGCAUUGACGAUCGGCAUUGUCACGACGCUUUGCUCCGAGUCCUGUGACGAGCACAACAACCAGAUGAGUGCCGUACUCAUACUGCUUCUCAAUCCGAAGAUUACAGAGUACAAGCUGGCGAGCGGUGCCUGUAUGUUUCCCGAACUGUGUAAUGCCAUCAUGGGCCAGCCUCCUGCGCAGCGCAAUGUCCUCAUGCAAUACUUCACUAUUUCUGAUGGCACCUCAAGCCUGAGCCCGGCCAGCGCGGCGGAAAACACGCAUGGAUUUACGCUGAGUGCAAAACCAUCCAAAGUGACGCUGGCAUUGCAGGACAGCGACAGCGACAGCAAUGAUAAGAGCGCGUCAUUCGGGCGCUAUAUCGAUGUGUUUCAGUCGUACAUAAGCCGCGAGACGAACAAAGCCGCCCGCCGCACUCUGCCAGCGACAGCUACCGCAGCUGCCACUGAAGCAGCGCCGCAAAAAGUCAGCUUGCAUGUGCUGAACAGCUGUUUGCUGCCUGUCGUCGCGCAGUGCCUGGCGCUGAUGAACAAAUACAACAACACACACGACAUUGUGCCGUAUGCCUUCUUUUACAACAGCGUAGUCAACGAGCAUAUUGACAUCAAGGAAGAUGUGCCGCGUUUUCGGCUGCCUGACGGCGUGUCCUUUUGCAGCUACCCAUUUUUGCUGUCACCGACCACGAAGAGCGAAAUCAUCCGCAUAGAGAGCGUGAUUCUCAUGCGCACGGAGCUGCAAGACUCAUUCUUUCGCGCCAUGUUCACUGGCGUCACCUGCCCGUACCUGGUCCUUGAGGUUCGCCGCGACAGUCUGGUGCGCGAUACACUGUACCAGCUGGACCUGAAACUGAGCCAAGAUUUGCGAAAGCAGCUCAAGGUGCGGUUCGUGGGCGAGGAAGGCGUGGACGAGGGCGGCGUGCAGAAAGAGUUUUUCCAGCUGAUUGUGCGCGAUGUUUUUGCUGCGAAGUACGGCAUAUUCAGAGCCAACGACGAGUCGCAGUACCACUGGUUCAGCCCGCAGGACGACCCGUCAAAGGACGCGCUGGAGGAGAUGCGGCUGACCGGGCAGCUCAUUGGCCUGGCUGUGUACAACGCAGUCAUCCUUGACAUCCACCUGCCGCCGGCUAUGUACAAGAAGCUGCUGGGAGUGCCGGUGACCAGGGACGAUUUACACGAGGUCGAUCCAGCUCUGCACCACGGGCUGAUGCAGCUUCUCAAGAUGACAGCCGAGGAGCUAGAGUUUUUGGACCGCACAUUCGAGGUCGAGUCCACCAGCCUCGGCGAGCUGCGCACAUUCGAGCUGCUUCCGGGCGGCGCACAGAUUCCGCUCACUGUGGACAACCGGGAACAAUUCAUCGACCAAUACGUGGACUUUGUGUUCAACACUUCGUGCGCCAAGCAAUUUUCAGAGUUCAAAGCCGGCUUUGACCGCAUCUGUGGGACGUCGUACGUGCGUUUUAUGCGGCCCCAAGAGCUAGAGCUGCUUGUGUGUGGGUGUUCGGAUCUGGAUUUUGGUGCCCUAGAAGGCUCGACCAUCUACGACGGCGGGUACUCCAAGAGCACCAAGGUCAUUCAGCAUUUCUGGCAGGUGGUCAGCGAGUUCACUGACGAGCUCAAGCGCAAGUUGCUUUUCUUUGCCACUAGCAGCGACCGCGUGCCCAUUGGCGGGCUCAGCAAGCUCCACUUUGUCAUUGCCAAGAACGGAGGUGACUCGGACCGCCUGCCCACUUCACACACAUGCUUCAAUGUGCUACUGCUGCCAGAGUACACUACACUAGAGAAACUCCGCGAGCGGCUUUUGACUGCCAUUCACAACUCUGAAGGGUUUGGCAUGAUAUAGUGUUUUUUCAAAUAAAUUAUUUUGCCUCGUGUUUGAGCAAUAUUUACAUGCGCCCGCGUGCGCUCUGAGAUAAAGGCAUGCGAUUAUCUGUUU